AGAAAUAAUUUCACUUUUGUGUUACAUACAAAUUCGGUUAACGAAUAAGGUCAAAAUUUAGAAAUGCCCAAAAGGAUUGAUUAUCACAAAUAUGGACUCAACAACGACGUUGGUACAAAUACUGAGUCACAGGAUGUUUGUAUUUGUUCCCAAUGUACUGGAGCUAUCCCCAAUGCUAACUUACAACAUUUUGGGAUGGCUGUAAAUCAAACAACAAAUCUUGCGACAACAGUACCGAUCAUUUCUUGUGAAUUUCUUCACGUAAAUCCCCCACAAGAAAAAAAGGAGCCCUCACUUUCAAAGGCAAGCAGCAAAGGUUCGAAAAACUAUGGCUCUUCAAAGAAGAUUAAAAAUAAGAAGAUAUUCAGCAAGUUCAAAGCACCUUCUCGAAAAUGUACAGCUCUUGAAAGAAGAAAGCGGGUAAAGAAGCGAAUGCCGCAAUCCGUGAUCACAGUCACUACAGGAAAUAAUUCAGAUGAGGAAAGUGAUGUCGGUAUCAAUUCUGAUCACUCAAUGACUAGUGCAGUUUCGCAGCAAGAGCACAAAAACGCAACUUCUAAACGUAGAAAGCCACAAAUUAAAAAGAAGCUGUGCGGAAAACGUGACAAUCUCAAAAGGAAUGAUAGUUUGCAGAAAGAGGAGGAGAAGGAAAUGGAUGAUGACAGUACCUCAUGCAUGUCAUCAAUACCUGAUAAGUCAAAAAACAAAGUCGUAAUGCAAGAUGGACCCUGUAAUGCAACUGCAGCUGCAUCCAAAAAGAAGAGCAUAAAGAAGAAGAAAAAUGAGUGUAAAAAAUUUCGCUAUUUAAUAGAAACUACUACUCCCUUGCCAUAUGGAACAUUCGAGAUUAGUGUGGAUAAGAAUUCAAUAACUCCAAUAACUCCAUGUGGCGAUUCUGGUGAUGAAUUGAAUGAGUGCUCUUGCGAUAAAUGUGAGGCUGGUACUAGUUCGGGAGAAAACAAUUGCAAAAGAGUUUCCAAUUAUAAAAUGUUUGUCCAAAAAUACAAAAGUAAAAGUGCCUGCAAGCGUGGAUGCAAAAAACGUUGAUGAAGGAAGAUUAUGUAUCCUUGUUUGAUGUAAGUUAGCCACUUUACAGGAUCAACUUGAAAUUUAAGGAAUAGGAAACAUAGGAAUAAAAUUAACGUAGUGGUUAAAUAAUAUAUAUUUUUGU